AGUCAGUUAAUGUCAUCUUAAGCCCAUUUGAAUUGAGCGAUCUGCAGUAACAGUGGGCUCGACGAAUUCCUCACGGUGGUUCUUCUCCGGUGAUACCACCGCAAACCCUGAUUUGAAGUGGACUCUGGUUGGAUGGUUGAUUCAUCAGUAGCUAUUGUGAAUCAUCUAUUAAGUAAGUACUAGAAACAUCAACAAGGUGCUGCGUGUCUGAUGAUACUGUGUGUUAAUUCCUAUGGAAACAAUAUAUUGAGGGGGUAGAAAGAAAAAAGUGUUGGAAUAAAUGAGCCCGUCAUGGAAAGAAAUUUGUAUAAAAUGUGAUAAAGGUGGAGAAGUGUUGGUUUGUGCUGAUAGUUGUUGUCCUAUAGCAGUUCAUGUAAGGUGCAUGGGUUGUCCAGCUAGAUUUGAUGAUUUGGGAAAAUUCUACUGCCCCUAUUGUCUGUAUAGGCAAUCAAUUGCAAGAUUUCAUCAAGCAAAGGGGUAUGUUUUGUCAAAAAAACAAGCUCUGGAUGCUUUCAUAGAUAAGGAAAUGAUGGACAAGGUCAGAGAGGUGCCAUCAAUACUAAGCAAAUCAACAUGUGAAAGGUCUGAUGAGCCAUUACCAGAAAAGAAGAGUGAUGUUCCAGAAAGCAAUUGUGAUCAACAAUGGGUGGUUGGGCAGAAAAUACUUGCAGGCCCAGCUGUUAAUUGUGGUAGUAAACCUAGUGUUCGUACAUCUUCUAAAGCAACAUCAACCAAUUUUAGAGUUUUAGAAGCUGGAAACGGCAUUCAGGUAAAUGAUCUACUAGAAGUUGGUGAAGACCAACUAGAGAAAAGUGUUGAAGACCACCACAAAGAUGGCCUCUUAAGUAACUCUUCUGUUGCUGAAGAGGAAAUAUUGGGGAAUGAACUUGUUCUGGAAGAACCAAAAAGAAACUCCACUAAAAUUGCAGGAGAACAGAUGACAAAGGUUGAUCAAACUACUGCAGUUGUCAUACACACAGAUCCUUUGUUGCAGCAGCACUUGCACGGUAAAAGAAGAGCUGAAACUUUGGAUUUAACAUGUAGAAAAUCUAAGCGUUUUUCAACACAACGUAAGUGCGGUAAACAGAUUAACAAAGUUAGAGAUGAGCAUAUGCUGACUGACUCUCCAAGAAUGUUAACUAGGAAAUCAGCUUCCUUACUUGAGAAUGAUAAUGCAGCGGUCAUGUUUGUGCAAGUUAAAAAGCCUUCCACGUUACUAGAUAUCCUUCCAAACGGGAAACGUAAAAGAGUAUUAUGGCGUCACGAAGAGGAAGAGAUGAUUGAGGAAGGAGUUCAAAAAUUCUCAUCCAAAGUAAACAAAAACACCCCAUGGAGAAAAAUUCUAGACUUUGGUCAUCAUGUGUUUGAUCAUUCUCGCACUCCAACUGAUCUCAAGGACAAAUGGAAACAAAUGUGCUCUAAACAUGGUGGUCGAGUUUGACCAGGAGUUCUUUGCUAAAAACAUGUGAAAUGUUGGAAUUGCUUUGUGAUAUCCAGAUUCAAAUGUGUGAUGAAGAGUACCUUUCUUUUUUCUUUUUGUGGAUAGCUUCUUCAUCGAGCAAGCAGGAAACAUGUAAAUUUCCUUAUAAAUCUUAGCUUAAUGUACCCGUUACUUGUCAAAGAACACGAGUAUAGUUGAUACAUGGAUAGUUGAAAGGGAAAUAGUUCUUGUUUGGUUGUUUUUCGAGCACCUUUUCUUUAUGCUGCACCCACUCCUAUACCCCCUGGGGGGGUUGCAUAAUAGUAACCAAACAAGGGUUAUUUGGGUUCGAUAAAAGUUAUUGGGUUCAUCCGUAUUUUCAUUGGUACUAUAGCUUCCUACCCCUUGCACAUGUGAAUGUAGCCUGUUGAGUUUCUCGAUUCAACUAAGUUUUGUAUGGAGUCUCGAGGCUUAUUUAGUUAUUUUAGUAUAGCUAUUCAUAAAAGAUUUUAUGUUAAUUACAUAUGUUAAGGCUAUUUCUUUGUUGAGAUA